GAAAUUCCCCUGUCGGAUGUUUCGCUGAGCUCAUCUUCCGCGACUCCGACAGCGGCACGUUUCUCAGCCCCCGCCGCCCCAACUACUUCUCCGCCCUCCUUUCCUUUCCUUUUCCUCCCAAUUCCAAACCGCGGAAACUGCCGCCGAUCCAAUCCACAAUCCUCGAAUGAUCCCCAGAUCCUUCCGCCUCCCAUGGAUCUUGAUCCCCUAUCCCUUCCCGGCCCCUCCGCCGGCGGCCACCUCUGCCCAUGCGCCUGCCCCUUCUGCUGCCGCCCCGCAUCCCCUUCCUUCCGACGCUCCAUGAAGCGCCGCUUCGAAUCUGACUCCGCAGAUGGCGGCGGCGGGGAGGUCGCUGCCCGUGUGGAGGUCGAGAACGAGCUGGAGGCGCUGCGCGAGGCCGUGGAGAACCAGCAGGAGACGAUUCAGGAACUGUGCGCGGAGCUGGACGAGGAGCGUAACGCCGCCGCCUCGGCCGCCAGCGAGGCCAUGUCGAUGAUUCUCCGGCUCCAGCGGGAGAAGGCGGAGGCGCAGAUGGACGCCCGGCAGUUCAAGCGGUUCGCCGAGGAGAAGAUGGAGCACGACCAGCAGGAGCUACUUGACCUAGAGGAACUUGUAUUUAAGCGCGAAGAAGCCAUCGAAGACCUCAUAUUGCGGCUCCAGGCUUACCGAGACCUUCUCGUCUCCCACGGCAUCGAUCCUGACGACGUCGACGCCACAGCACCCUGCGGUGGCGACGCGAACGGCGACCUUGGUGCAUCCCAAUACGAGGAGGAGAUAUUCACAAGUGAAUACCCUCCGUUGAAGUGCAACCUGCCCAAUGACGUCCAAGGCAAAGGGGAUUAUUAUGAUGAGUCUGCUAAUCUCAAGAAGUUUGCUUUUCGGGAGACCCCGCAUGCCGAAGAGGACCUUGAGAGUUCGGAGCACCAGAUUUGUGAGCUAGAGACCUCGCCGAUCGCUACUGACCUGCUAGAGAAAGGCGUGGUCGAGGAGGGCCCGGGACCCGGACCUUCUGGCCAUUUCAGAUCUUCUUCGUUCAGUAGCUAUGAUUCGAUUCCCAGUGUGAAACUGCAACAGCCCCUUAAGGGGGAGGAUUUUCCUGCUUCAAUGGAUAGACCAUCUCUCGAUGACGGUGGUGCGGACGAUGUUAGUGACAGGGUGUGCAUACUCGAUGCAGUGCAUGAGACUGCAACAGAAAGUGCUGUCGAGAAUUGCGUUGACACACAAAGGAAGAAGUGCGAGAGAGGGGAGAUGGAAGGUGGGGCUCCAGAUAUUAGAAAUCUGUACAUGAGACUGCAGACACUUGAGGCAGACAGGGAGUCAAUGAGGCAGGCCAUUAUUUCAAUGCGAACAGAGAAGGCACAGCUGGUGCUGCUCAGAGAGUUAGCACACCAGCUGCAUAAGGAUCUCUCUCCUGAGAAGAAAAUUGUUAAAAAAAGUUCUUCAUCCACAAAUUUCUCAGUUUUUGCUGUGCUUAAGUGGGUAAUGGCAUUUCUUCUCUGGAGAAAGAAGCCAUCUCGAACCAGGUACACGUUCGGCUCGUCAAAUGCCAACCUCGGCUUGUUGUUGCUUCUGGAGAAUUCACCCCGAAUCAGUAACUGGAGACUUGUCACAGGAACGCAAGGGUGAACAGAAAAUACUCUAUUCCAUUUGUUUUGGUCAAAUUGUAUCAUAUGAUUGAGAUUACAUGUGGUGUUCUAAGUUCUAAGUGCAAUUUUUUGCGGGGAUAUCAUCUAAUCAAUCCCCUGUUUAAUACUCUUGGUUUUAUGAUGUGUUUUGUAAUAUGGUAUUGUAAUGAUGGGGUGCCAUUCUUUUUUUUUUGUUGAGCUUGAUAUUGGUGAAUGUAAGCUGUAACAAUCUGUGACAAAAUUGUUUUGGUAUGAUAAUCCCAAUUUAUCAGAGGUAA